GUCAAUGUAGGUAGUCGUAUCUCUGUAUUCGCACAUGCAAGGCUCACAGCGUUUUACUGAUACAAACAGUAGAUACAGCUCCAAAGUGUCAGUCGGAUUACAAAAUCUUCACGUCCUUAACUUUAUUACCGAGUUAUUUUGGAUCAAUCUUGGUGCAUUUUAUGGUCGUUUUGCAUGACCUAGAAUUUAAAUGGGGGAGUCCCAGUUUGCGCAAGAUGGUAGACCUUUUAUAAAUUUUCAUGGUGAACAGCUGGCGCGAUAUGGUGCAAUCGAGGUGAAAUUCCCGUGUUGGAGGUCACAAAGAGAAAGGAUGUACUGUCAUGCGCCAGGUAACGGUCGUUCCAAUAUUCUGACCUCGUGGACAUGUUGGUCCGGGGGAUGUGGCACAUCAAUGCGAUCGAUGCCAUGUGUUUGGUAGUCGGGAUACCGUACAUGACAAGACGUCCUUCAGGCCAAUGCGAAGACAAUCCUCUACACAAGAUUGUGAAGACAUGGGAGCCGUUUUAAUUUCUUAAGGGACGUGAUGAUGUACUGCGAGUUGGUUACCCCAGAAUGUGACUGAUGUGAUCUCAGUAUUGAAGAAAGAGGCACAGAAGUCUGGAUAAUACAAAGGAUUAACGCAUCCUCUCACUACAAACAUGUUCUUUCAUGUCUCACGAACGUAUGUGUACGUGUGAUGGAAGAAUUCCCAUUAAACACAACUCCAACUUUUUCGGAUAAUACUACCGCCAACUCCACAUCCCCAGGUGAAGGGGUCAUCGACCUCAGAGUAGCCAUACCCGUGGGGCUAAUUCUGGGGCUAAUAGUGGUCAUGACUGUGUGUGGCAAUGUGCUGGUGCUGCUGGCCGUGUUUGUCAACUCUCACCUCAGAAGCACCACUAAUUACUUCAUUGUCAAUCUGGCUAUAGCUGAUCUCCUCUUGGGCACGACAGUUCUGCCCUUCUCUGCGAGUCUGGAAGUUUUAAGUUUCUGGGCUUUUGGUCAGAUAUUCUGUGAUGUUUGGGCCGCCAUUGAUGUCUUGUGUUGCACCGCCUCCAUCAUGAGUCUAUGUGUCAUCAGUAUAGACCGGUACAUCGGGGUGACCAGACCCCUUCAACACUCUACCAUCAUGACUGAGAAACGUGCCGUGUAUAUCAUCUUGCUUGUAUGGAUACUGUCAGUGACGAUCUCAAUAGCUCCUUUGAUAGGGUGGAAGGAACCGGCCGACCCCAACCCAAUGGUGUGCAGCGUCACCACACAGCUUGGAUAUGUGCUGUUUUCUGUAUCUGGUUCAUUUUACAUACCAACUUUCAUCAUCAUGGUUGUGUACAUACGGAUAUAUAAAGAGGCUGUUAAACAUUCAAACUUUUUGUCCACGGGUGUAAAAACUUCUAAAAUAGAUGAAUCUGAGGGAGUGACGUUACGCAUUCAUACGGGUAAAAGCCCUCAAACCCCCUCCCCAAUGUACCAAAGUAGCAGUUCCAGCGAACACUCUGAGGGGUCGGGUCGCAAAGCCGCCUCACGACUUACAUUAGCAGGAAGGAUUGCCAAGUUUAAACGAGAGAAAAAGGCUGCCAAAACGUUGGGCAUUGUAGUAGGGGUGUUUAUAUUAUGCUGGUUCCCCUUCUUCUUCGUCUUGCCUUUAGGUUCGUUGUGUCCGCACUGCCAGAUUCCGGAGAUUUUCUUCAAGAUAAUAUUCUGGCUUGGUUACUGCAACUCUCUCAUGAAUCCAAUCAUCUAUGCGUGCUCCAGCAGGGAGUUCCAGCGUGCUUUCAAGCGUAUACUGUUGUGUCAGUUCCGGCGGCGUCCACGGCUCUUUCAGCAGAAGAGUGAACGAUCGUCGUCGAUGGAUGUGAGCCGCAGUCAUUCUACCUCAGAGGUGCAUCGUCAGGCCUCGAGGAUCUACAGACCAGUGUCCCUCAAGGGCCCGUCUUCCGCCAAAAAGGCAGUCCCUCAGGAGUAUCAUAGUGCCUCAAACAUUCUUUCCCGGGGUACCCCCGACUCCCCUCUACAUAGCUUGAGAAUAUUCCAGAUGAAGAGGAAGGCGUACUGCGAGGACAGUGGUGAUGAGAGCAGCUGUAAGACGGACAGUGGAACAGGCAAGACUUUGAAUGACACACGGGAAUCACUCCUGCCUGAUCAAUGUCUUCAUAGAGGUGACUCCUUGAUACAUAGGAGACAAAACUCCUCAACGUGUUUAGACGAAAGUAGCUUUGCCGAUGAUGAAGAAUAUGUUAACUCUGUAAUUGUGAACAGCAGGAAUCAUAAGAGAGUUAAAGAAACCACGUAUACCGUACCAGAUGUCCCACUUAUAUUGAUUAGGUGUGAUUCAGGAUCCGACGCUGAUGAAACCACGCCAUUCACGGCUGAUUGUACCAGUUAGUCUUCUUUUCAAACAAAAUGUUCCCCAUCCUUCAAGUGGAAACACAGUGAGAUGCAUUCAUAUAUGCAGGCGGCUGGCUGAGACGGGCGAGAGAGAUGCACCGAGAAGCAAUACUCUUCUCUGUAGGGGAGUGUGCGUUUUAUGGUGGAUUUAGAGGCAAAACCUUUUGACAUGUCCCCAAUCAUGAUUAAAACUGCUAUAAAGCAUGUAUUGCACUUGAGGAAAAUUAAAUUCAUUGACCUGCACAUGUGUCGAGCUCAACGUGCAAGUAAAUAUAGUUUCAUACCUGACAGUAAGGAAAAUAACUGAUGAACUAUUUAUGUGUAAGUGGUGCUCUGAACUGCCAAAGCAAUCAGAGUGAGUAUUAUCAGAACGGGUCUAGAGAUGAACAGAUAUGUAGACACACUUUCCAGUUGCAAGUAAAGCCGGAAAAUAACUAGCGAGGCACCUGAGUAGAGCAUUAACGUGGACGAGGCGAGGAGCAGCAUUAUUCGCGUAGCUCUCCUACACUAUUGAUGACCGUGAGUGUUUCUGCUGGGUAUUGAAUCAGGCAUCUGAUGUUCACCCGAGUGAAGCUGGUAAUAUUCCACACAACCUGGCUGUGGAUACGCUGGUACUGUCACGUGCUGCGCUACACGAGCUGGCUCUUGGAGUCAUUAGAGUUUAUUUUGAAACACUAAAAUGACACUACGCUUGACAUGCUGAUGUACAUGUAUGUAGUCAAAGUAGUUAGUGUAUGGUAUGGAUAAAUUAU